UCGUGUUUCGUUGGUCAACGUAAAAUGUUGUAAGCGCUUUUUGGCUGACGUUUUUGUUGUUGUCGCUUUUUGUUAUUGUUAUUGUGAUUGUUGUCGUUGUUGUCGUUGUUGUUGCUGAUGGCUGCACCAAGUGGACGGCUGAUGGCGACAAUGCUACUCACCUUAGUACUGCUCCUAGUUCAGUCACACGCAUUGGAGUUCAUGGAUGCCGAUGACUCAGCAUUGGAGCAUCACGACGAUGUUGGCGGAGAUUCUGCCGAGCUGCCGGCCAACUUUCACAGCUAUUCGAGAGACACCAUCGCCAACUUUAAUCCCCACAAACAGGACGCACACUUUCGCACCCUCUGGGAGCGUGUUCCCCUCCAGAAGCAGGAUGUGAUCAAGCGUAGAUAGCUUAAAUAUGAAUUCGAUUUUGUAUAACCUAAGUACUUCAUACUUUCAUAUUCAUUAUUGAUCUAAAGGCAAAUAUCAUUUCACCCUCUAAUACCCAAGAGUAAUGUGAGUCACUCAUCAUAUAAUUUGUAUUACGAUGGAAAACAAUUAGAGGUUUGAAGGUUAUUUGAAUUAUGAUUGUCAGUUGUCAGUUGUCAUUCAAUAAUCAAAAUUGCCAACUGACAAAUUGAAUUCAAAUCACUUAAAAGCGCCUUGUUUUUUAGAUCAUACAAUACAAAUUAUGUGAUGAGUGCCUCACUCUUGGGUUAAGUCAUGGCAAACGUAUAACAUAGAAUAUAUUCUGGAAAUAAUAGUCAUAGGCACCUAAUGUAGAUAUGUGUAUUUUUUUUCUGUUUUU